AUGGCAGCUCCGAGAAAUAUCCGUACGAAAGCCUACGUUGUACAGGGUGAAGGCGAUCCGUUCACUCUCUGUGAUGUUGUCUUAGACGAGGUACAACCAAACGAGGUGCUAGUAGAGAUCUGGUACACUGGUAUAUGCCAUACCGAUGUUGUUGUCCAGCAUGGCGGCAUGCCCCUAGGAGGCUACCCAGUUGUGCUCGGGCACGAGGGAGCUGGCGUUGUGAGGUGUACAGGAUCUGCUAUCAAGGAUAAAUCUUUGAAACCAGGAGACAGUGUUCUGCUUUCAUUCCACUCCUGUCGCCAAUGUAGAUUCUGCCUCGAGGGUCGGUGUGGCACAUGUCCACACAUGACGGAGACCAACUUUGUCCGUCCUGCCCGUCGAGACGCCGGAGCAAAAUCACCAAUAUCACUCCUAGACGGCACAAAGGUUCACGGACAGUUUUUCGGACAGUCAUCUAUGAGCAAGCUGGCCGUCGUCGCAGAGGCGAGCGUAAUCAAGGUUGAUGCGAGGCCAGAGGAGCUCCGCACAUUACCUCCCUUGGGGUGUGGCUACCUAGCAGGUGCUGGAACUAUAUUUAACGUGGUAAAACCACAGGUUCAGGACUCUGUAGCCGUUGUGGGCAUGGGAGCCGUUGGCAUUGCGGCGAUGCUGGCUGCAAAAUCUCUCGGCGUACAACAAGUCAUUGCUAUCGAUGUUGUUGAAGCCAAGUUGAAGGUGUCAUCCUCUCUAGGGGCAACACAUAUUGUCAACUCGGCAGCAGAGCCAGAUUUGCAGACCGCGCUGCACGCCAUUAUCCCGGGUGGUCCAAACAGCAUUAUAGACACAACUGGUUUGGUCGGAGUCCUCGAGGCUUCAGUGAAAGCACUCGCUCAUGGCGGAACGUUGGCUCUAGUGGGAGUUCCCGCUCCAACUGCAACCAUGCGACUCAAUGCGCUAGAUUUGCUGCUGUCGUGUAAACGAGUAAUUGGUGUCAUUGAGGGAGCCGCCGAUCCGCAUAUUCUAAUUCCUAGGCUUCUCGAGCUCUACCGCGAUGGAAAAUUUCCCGUCGACUGCUUGGCAAAGGUUUAUCCAGCGGAGCAACUUGACAAGGCAAUCACGGACCUUGAAUCGGGACUGAUUGUCAAGCCGAUCUUGUCAUGGGAGGAUUUGAACUGA